AUGAGUGAAAUUAUUCAUGAUAAACCAUCUUUAAAACAAUCUCUUAAAGUGAUUUUUUUUUCUUCUAAAAUUAACAUAUUAUUGUUGUUAGUUCCCGUAGGUUUUGUUGUAAACUUUCUUAAUUUGAAUAAAGUCAUCAUCUUUGUAAUAAACUUUCUUGUAAUUAUUCCAUUGGCCAAAUUGCUUGGGUUUGCAACUGAAGAACUUUCAUGUGGAGUCGGACAAGUCUUGGCAGCUUUAUUGAAUGUGACUUUUGGCAAUGCGGUAGAAUUAAUAAUAUCGAUAAUAGCUUUGUCAAAGAGACAAAUUCGCAUUGUUCAGGCAUCAGUUCUCGGAUCUAUAUUUUCAAAUAUCUUAUUAGUUUUAGGAUCAUGUUUUCUUGCUGGUGGAAUCACCAUUCUUAAAGAAGAACGUUUGGAACAAGAAUUUAGUUCAACUGCAGCACAAGCAAGUUCUAGUGUUAUGACUUUAGCGUGCAUUGCUUUAGUCGUACCUGCUGCUUUUAUCCUUGCUAUAGAUGGAAAUUCUAACAGUACUAUUGGUAAUAGUGCUCCCAACGCGAUUGAUUCUAGAAUCCUGCAUUUAAGUUAUGGAACUUCUAUAGUGUUGUUCAUAAUAUAUAUACUUUAUUUAUAUUUUCAGUUAAAAACUCAUAAAGAUUUAUUUAAUAAUGAAGAAAAUGAAGAACCACAAAUAAGCAAGAAUAUGGCAUUAUUUUUGCUAAUUAUAGUAACAGUGAUAAUUGGAUUUUCUGCUGAAUUUCUUGUUAGUUCAAUUGAAGGAGUUGAUUUAAGUAAAACUUUCAUUGGGUUGAUAUUGUUACCUAUUAUCGGAAAUGCAGCUGAGCACGCUACUUCUGUUACUGUUGCAAUGAAAAAUAAAAUGGAUUUUGCUAUUUGUGUUACAGUUGGCAGCUCAACACAAAUCGCAUUAUUUGUUAUUCCUCUAUUAGUAAUAUUGGGAUGGAUUAUUGGUCAACCAAUGUCAUUGAACUUUGAGGUUUUUGAAACUGUAUGUUUAUUAAUAUCAGUUUUACUCUCAAAUUACUUGGUACAG